GAAAUAAAUAAUUUCAUAAAUUCAAAAAAAAUCACUAUCAAGUGCAACAGGGAGAAGAGAGAGAAAGUGGGAGAUCUCAUCGGCGACGAAGACGAAGAAGAAGAAGAAGAAGGAGAGGGAGCACUCUUCAACUUCUCCCAACCGCUAUUAAUGAAAUGUAUCAACCAAACGGUGUUUCUAGUUCAAACUUAGUCCACAGCAAUGCUAUGGGCAUUCAGCCAUUAGAAUCUGGCCCCAGCACAAUGGAUCCAAUCAGUGGGGGUAAUAACCUCAACAACAAUCCAAGUCUCGCUUCAAAACAACGUCUCCGUUGGACAAAUGAACUUCAUGAGCGAUUUGUUGAUGCAGUGGCACAACUCGGUGGCCCCGAUCGGGCUACACCGAAAGGUGUCUUGAGAGUCAUGGGUGUGCAAGGGCUUACAAUUUAUCACGUAAAGAGCCAUUUGCAGAAAUAUCGACUUGCCAAAUACCUUCCUGAUUCCUCUUCCGAUGGGAAAAAAGCUGACAAGAAAGAGUCGAGGGAUAUGAUCUCAAAUUUGGAUGGCUCAUCUGGAAUGCAAAUCACUGAGGCAUUAAAGCUGCAGAUGGAGGUGCAAAAGCGACUACAUGAGCAACUAGAGGUUCAGCGCCAGCUACAACUGAGAAUAGAAGCUCAAGGGAAGUAUUUGAAGAAGAUAAUCGAAGAACAACAGCGACUGAGUGGGGUGCUUACGGAAGCCCCGGGAAGCGGGGUGAAUCCAGCGGCAGGUGAGCAUGGCCCCGAAUCUAUCAAUGCGACUGAUCCUCCAUCAACUCCCGCGCCUACAUCCGAGUCUCCUCACGGCGACAAGCAUGCAAAGGAGCGUGCACCAGCCAAGAGCCAUUCCCUCGAUGAGUCAUUCUCUUCUCAUCACGAACCUCUCACCCCCGAUUCUGGUGGCCACGAGACCUCUCAAAUAGAAUCCCCUACAGGCGAGAGGCCUUCCAAAAUGCAGAAGCUAGAUUCGGGCGCUGCACUCGCCAAACCCAAUGUGAUGCUCACUCAUCCAAUAUUGGAAUCAAGCUUGAGCCCCCCCUCAUACCAGCAGCCAGAUACAGUUUUCCUGACAAGAGAGCAUCUCAGCCAUUCGUCGGGACUAUCUAUCGGUAAUGAAGACCCGAGGGAGAAAAUCUGCAGUGGCAAUAUGUAGUGUUAUUUAAUGCCCUAUGGCAGUGUAGCUGUGUAACACCUUCAUCCCUGUAAAACAUAUGUAUUUCUAUUAGGCCACUGAAACCUCUUGGUUUAAAAUGCAGUAUGUUUAAACUCUUGUUUUA